GGAGCAAAAAAUACAUAGAAAUAUUGACGCAGAAACUAAUUAUUUGGAACUGAUUGUGAUACUCGAAAAUCCGACUAAAUCUUGUUGAUGAUGUUGGAAGUAACAGUGAAAACUUUGGAUUCACAAAAUCAUAAUUUUUGUGUCCAAGAUGAUAUUACGGUAAAGGAAUUUAAAGAGGAAAUAUCUUCUACAUUGAAUAUACCAGCUGAUAAACAGAGAUUAAUUUUUUGUGGAAAAGUUUUAAAAGAUGAUAAGAAGCUCAAUGAAUAUGGUGUUGAUGGAAAGGUUGUUCAUGUUGUACAAAGUCUUCCACCUCAAAAUACUUCAUCCUCUUCUGCGUCAAACUCUUCCAGUAGUACGGCAACAAGUACAUCACGUGCUGGAGGUGCAAGAGAUGCUGCUGGAUUCCUCCUUGGUGCAUUUACUAUACCUCAAGAUUUAAUUGACCCGACUCAAGUUCAGAAUAUUGUCCAGGAAGUUGUUUCUGGAAUGGGAGAAAUUGGAAGAAAUGCUACAGUCAUGUCUCGAACAUCAGAUGAUGGAUCUUCAGUUGAUGUUCAUAUAAACUUGGGGCAAUUGCCAAUGCAAAGUGAGGCUCAGUUGCGUAUGAACAGAGUCCAGACAAUGCUGUUGAGGGCAAAUAGGCUUCUUGGAUUUUUAGAGGAUGGAAACAAUGGGCAAAAUAAUGGAAGUUCUGCUGACUCUUCUUCUCAGACAGAAGAAGCAGAAGACUUACGAGUGAAUGCUAUGGAUAUAGACCUUGGAAGCUUGAAUUCUGUUGAUAACGGAGUCUCUAAUUCAACUGUCGACAGCACCACUUCCAGUGAAGCACCUAGAGCUAAUAAUAUUGAAGUAAUUGCCAUACAUGGCGAUGCAUCUCCUCCAACAUCAAACACGUCUGAACGCAGAUCAUCAUUUCCGGAGCGGAUUCGUUUCGAGGGCCUAGCUUCUGCUGCACAGGCUGCAAUAUCGGCUGCUCUAGCAACAGCUGCUGCUGCGGCUAGAGUUGCUACAGCUUCUGUAUCUGGAACACCUACAGCUGCUAGUGCUACUGGGAACACUGCUAUUAAUACAGAAUCAGAGCCGAUGGACCUUUCGGCUGCCGCAGAUUCUCUCAGACUCAUCUCAGAUCAUUUUCUCCAGAAUGUUGGCGCAUCUGGCAACAUCCCCUCAGACGAGUCAAGCACAAUGGAUGCAGAAGCUAUUCCAAUUAGAGUGGAUAUUGAAACUUCUGUCCAGAAUUCUACUACAGAACCAAGAACUGAUACUGAGACUGCAUCUUCUAGCAAUGAACCACGGCAGUCAACAGCUGAAGGAGAAUCUAGAAGCGAUGCUCUGCCACCACGGCGUGAAGCAACGCAGCCUAGUGUACAGACUUUAGCUAAUCUGUUAGAUGAAGUUAUUCGUCUCAACACAAGACUUGAACCUUGCCUUGAAAGAUGCCGAGAUUUAAUCCGUAGAGAUCCUCCUCUGUUUGGAAGGCAAUUAAGUGAUGCACAUAGAUUGUUCAGCCGUAUUUCCCAGUUGCUUCACUUCAUGAGUCAUGCAUAUCACUCACUUAGUGACCUUCAUAUCAACUUCAGUCAGACCCCUCCCCGAAGCCCACGCGUUCGGAUCAUCUCUUCAGCGCAUGGAUCUUCUAUCAUUCAUGCUGGAAUCCCAUUGCAGGCUCAGAUUAGUGUAACCAGUGGUGUAUUAGCACCUCCAAGUAGCAGUACUACAACAACAGCAAAUACUUCAUCAGCGGAAAGUGCACCAACUACAAAUACGGUGCCUCAAAGUGCACCGAGGAGCACAACUGAGACUCCAACUAGUACUGCUUCCUCUGCUCUGCCUUCAAUGACAUCAGUGCUCAGGAAUCAGAACCCACUCUUCUUCAUGGAAGUAUCUCCUAAUUCUGUCAGCUUCACUUCAGCUGAAGUCAGUAGAUUUCCUGCUCCUCGUAUACAAAUCCCAGCAACUGAUAGAGCCGACAGAGAUCAAAGGACUGUGCCCACCGAAGCAACAGCAACCGACAAAAGCAGUUCUUCAACCCAAACCCCUCGACCAGAGCAAACCCUUCAACCAGAGCAGACCUCUCGACCUGAUUACACCCCUCGACCGGACCAAACCCCUAAACCAGAGCAGACCUCCAGACCGGACCAAACCCCUAGACCAGACCAGACUCCUAGACCGGACCAGACCUCUAGAACGGACCAGACCUCUAGACCGGACCAGACCUCUAGACCAGACCAGACCUCUUCUUCCAGACCAGCUGCAAAUGUGAACUUAACUGCUGGACAAGCACAUCCAUUGAUUAACCUGCCAUUCCGUAACAUGAUCCCUGUCCCAUUGACUUCUAUUGGGAGUGUGCAGGCCUUUGAUGCUGGUUUACCUUGCCACUCAGUUUGGGCAUUGGAGCCAUCUAGGAGACGUCACAAUGCAGGUGGUUCUAGGACACCUGCUGGGAUUCAAAUUGGUCUCACGCCUAAUGUUCCUGGACGCCAAGAGGAGCAACUUACUCAAGUUAUAAGCAAUAUAAUGAUGUCGUUAUUGAAUCAUCCUAAUGUUCCACCUUCAGGUGCUCAGGCUGCUGGUACUUUUACAAUAAGUUCUGCUGGAAAUCCAACUGAAGCCAACAGAGCUACUCGAUUCUUGUUUGAUACUGAAGGAACUUGGCGGAGAAUGGGGAGAUCAGAAGCUAGUGAAAACAGUUAUUCAUCACAGCAGUUUACAGAUCUUGAUGAAGCUGAUUUUAAUCACUUAAUGAAUGAUUUCUUCAUAGCUUGUGGUGGACUGCAACUUAAUUCACUUUCAGAUGUCAUAUCAUCUUAUUGUGCAGCUGCACUUGAACGUGAUCGAUUAGGACGAUUUGGUAACCUGCUCUGGUUUAUAGCAUCCAAGCUCUCUGUCCAUGAUAUCAUGGAAAUUUAUAAAGGUAACCUUCGUCCAAUUAUUAAGAUGGAAUUUCCACUUAAGAUGUAUUUGUUAGAUGUAUUUUUUGAUGGAGGGGCAAGAAUUCCCGAUGCAGAAGCUAUAAAUUUACUCAUGGACGAGUUCAUAUCAGAUUUUGCUCCAGCUUUGGAAUAUUUUUCUAAAAAAGUGCUUGAACUCCCUGGCUGUGAUUUUAAGAAAAGCAUCUCAGAGUUUUUGAAAAAAGCUGGGACUGAGAUCCUAAAGACAAUUUUAAACGUUCCAGGACACCAACCUACAGAGGGAUACUCAUCUUAUGGAAGACGUGCUUUCCGUGAAUUUCUAUCUUUGUUGGAAAAUAUUCUUCACGGGGGCCGGAAAGCUUUUCAACGCGUACUUGUAAAUAGUGUGCAAGGUCUGCAAAUUCCCUCUGUGCUGAAGCGGGCCAUGUUGGGGCUGAUCUCUCGUAUCAUGUUGUGCACCCCGCUGGAUGAACAGGCAGCAGACAAUCUGUCCUCAGACGAGAUGGCAGGAGUUUCCGGCAGUCAAGGUCGAUUGGGCGCCGUUGCCGACAAGAAAGAACCCCCGAAGCAGAAGGACAAGAAAGAAUCUCCAGUGCCUGCCAGGACUCGAGAGCCUGCCGAUGGCCAAGAAAAUAGUGCGGCUCCAUUCUUCACUGGGUUUGCACGCCUAGCCGAGCGCACGUCUGCACUCUUGAGAAAUAAUGCAAGACCUGAAGAUGAUAAUAUUGCUGAAGUAGUCAUAGGAUCUCAGGGCUGGCAUAACACGCUCCCGAGGGAAUGGGUACCAAUCAUCACAAGAGACGUGCAGAGACAGCGCAGACAAGCUCCUCAGGCACCUUUCAGUAAUGCUUAUAUGAGUGGGAUGCCAUCCAAGAGGCGAAAGAUCAUGACAACUGGAAGUACACCACUGCUGGGAACUUCCCAAGGGACCUUGUCCGAGCUCCUGUUGCAGGCUGUUCAGAGCACUGGUGCAAAACCCCGUACCAGCACAGAGGAAUUGAGGAGGGAAACCUCUCGAGAUGCCACCUUGCAGGCCUCUUUUGAACAGCACCUGAAAGGGGCCAUCCAGGAGAGGCUCCACAGGGACCUUGAUUAUUGCUCAGAGAGAUUUCCUAAUGCCGAAAAAUAUUUCAUCGAGCGCAUGUAGUUGGAAAUUUUAAUCGGUGCUGUUGCAAGUGGAGGAGUGAGAAAAUAUUUUUUACGUUAUUUAAAUGUGCUAUUAUGUGUUGCCUGUAUAAUUUAUGUGUAAUAAAAAUUUGUGGAAGA